UUAAAAUUUUAAAAUUUGCGGGAAAAGAGGAUUAGGGUAAACCCUAGGGCUCCUCUCCUUGUUUGCCCGGGCGAUGCGCAUUCUCCGGCAAGCGCGGGCGCUAAGCACCGGCGCUAGGGCUGCGCUUCACGAUCUGCCGCAGCUGGAGCGGUCUUUCGAUUCCAUCAAGCGCAGGCUGCUGAUGCCGCAGGAGGUGGAGACGCGCCGGAUCCCGUCCAUGAGCUUGGAGACGGUCAGUGUGGCGACCAUGAUGAAGAAGGCCAAAGGCGAUCCUGACCGGCUCAAAUCCGUGCUGCGGACCUCCGUUUCUAGGCUGCUGAGGGAGGAGCUCAUGUCGCUCUUCUGGGUCUUCGUCAGGGCCAAGGAGAUGGAUCUUGCGGAAUUGAUUUUUGGCUUGAUCCGGAAGGAAAGCUGGUACAAGCCACAGGCAUCGCUCUACUUGCAUCUCAUCACUGCCUACAGCGAGAGAUUGGAUUCCAAGGCGAUGGAGAGGAUUUUCCAGCUGCUGGAUGAAUCGGAGGAGGAGGGGCUCAUUCCAAAUGUUUUCUCGUUCCAGACUCCUAUCCAAGCGUGCGUGAGCAGCACCGACUUCGAUGCGUGCAUGACGCUCUACGACCGGAUGCAUGCCUCGACGUGCCGGAAGGACGUCCGCUUCUACAUGUACCUGACCAGGAAGUUCGAGGAGGCUGGGCUCCUAGACGAGGCGCAGAAGGUUUACGAGCAUUAUCUGGAGCUACGAAACACACAGGGAUUGCGGACUUUGGUAGAAGAAGAGUGAGGAAAAUCCAUCGAGGUUGGCCAAGCGCUCCUCUCUCUCGCGAAGCUCUUCCAGGAUGGAAUUCCACUUAGAAACAACUUGGUUUAUCAACACACAAACCUUACAGGCUUUGCUUACGCUGGCUUUGGAAAGCAGAACGCCAGCAAGCUCUGUA